UUCAGCCUCAGUUGGAACUUCUAACUAAGUGAUAAGCGUACGUUUCCAAAACUCUCAAAAAAGAAAAGAAAACAAAAUCCCUAUCAACCUAUCUCUGAUCUCAUGGCUACUGCCGCUGCUCCACCUCAAGAUGAUGCCAUCUAUUAUCAUAACCCUAAUAGCGAACAACUCAAUGAAGGAUUCAAUUAUCUUAUAGUGAGCCCAGACAAGGGAGGACUCAUGGAUUUGUGGAGGUUCAUGGUGUGGGCUGACAUAGACAGUGGAGCCAGAUUUAUGGAGAGCUCAGAGGAAGGAGUAAUUGUUGGGGAAGCAAUUGAACACAGGUGGGUGAUUUUGGUGUCUAUUAUUUGUCGCAAAGUGCUUCACCUAUUUCGCAAGCCACUAGAGUGUACUGGCUAUGGAGUUGAUUUCUUCCUUAACUUUAUCUCUCAGAACGGUGGCCUCUUUGACUUACUCUUGAACUUCAUCCAUGGAAAGGUGGUGAUACCGCAGAGAGGCACCGAAACUUUUAUAAGUAGCAUUGGACAGAUGGAUGGGCGAGUUGAACUAUGCAAGGCUAAAGAUUCUCUGCAACAAAUAGGUGAAGAAUCAGGGAACAAAACUCUCAUGGACCUCUGCAUCAUGUCUUCCAAGUUAGCUUAUGAGAAUGCCAAAGUUGUUCAACGUAUUGUGAAUCACUGGGAGAUGCAUUUCGUGGACUUCUACGACUGCUGGAAUGAUUUCCAAAAGGAGAACUCCACCCAAGUGUUUAUACUUUGUGACAAGCCCACAGAUGCAAAUUUGAUACUGAUCAGCUUUAGGGGCACAGAGCCUUUUGAUGCUGAUGAUUGGAGUACUGAUUUUGACUAUUCAUGGUAUGAGAUCCCAAAAUUAGGAAAAGUCCAUAUGGGGUUCUUAGAAGCAUUAGGCUUGGGCAACAGAGCAAACACCACCACCUUCAAAAAUCACCUUCUUAAGAAGAAUGGUGGUGAUGAUCCCACAAACCCAUCAGAAGGUACUGAAUCCAAAAUCUGGGAUAAUUCUUCAGACUCUGAGGAGCCGAUUAUUCCACCAGAUAUGGUGAAGAAGAGUGCAUACUAUGCUGUGAGAAAAAAGCUCAGGAGCUUACUCAAGGAGCACAAGAAUGCCAAGUUUGUAGUUACAGGACACAGCUUAGGUGGGGCACUUGCUAUUUUGUUCCCAACUCUGCUAGUUCUGCAUGAGGAGAAUGAGAUUAUGCAGAGAUUACUUGGUGUAUACACAUUUGGGCAGCCAAGGAUUGGGAACCUGCAGCUAGGGAAGUUCAUGGAAGCUCAAUUAGAACAUCCGAUUCCUAAAUACUUCAGAGUGGUCUAUUGCAAUGACCUUGUGCCUAGGUUGCCUUAUGAUGACAAAACCUUCCUAUAUAAGCAUUUUGGAGUUUGCCUUUACUAUGACAGCUUCUACAAUGAAAAGAGGACUGACGAGGAGCCAGACCCAAAUUUCUUUGGGUUGAGGUAUGUGAUUCCAGUGCACCUAAAUGCUGCAUGGGAGUUGAUUAGAAGCAUGGUGAUGGGCUACAUAUAUGGGCCAGAGUACCAGGAGGGAUGGUUCUCCUUGUGCUUCAGGGUUUUUGGCCUGGCAUUACCCGGAAUUGCUGCACAUUGCCCUACAGAUUAUGUGAACUCAGUCAGGCUAGGAAGCGACCGAACUUAAAUGUCCCCUCUCUGAGUGAAAGAAACAAUAUUGCCGGAUUGAUUUUGCAGUCUUCAUCACACGGUCAAGUGGUCAUUGAUUAGAUAAAAAAAAAAAAAGAACAUUUCUUGUUAUGUAAUUCUUUUUAGUAAUGAAGUUGAUUGGUAUAAUGGGUUAGCAUUUCUCAUUAUGUAACUUUGUCUGUAUGCAUUAUUGUGUGCUAUUAGUGUUCGAUGUUGAAUAAUGAAAUGAGCAAACUCAAACAUUGGUUUGGUGAUAUGAUUUUUGUAUUGAUCCAGCAGUUUCGCCUGAACUCAACCGCCGGCCAUGACUCCAGGUUCAUUCAUUUCCUUUACUAUACUGAGAGAUUUAAACAAGGAUUUUAUAUAAAUUCUAGGAAGAGCCUUUACAGUUAAUAGACAUGAUUUAUAUCAAGUUGUAUAAAUGCAUCUUAAGGUCCAUUGCAGACCCCGUAGCUAAGGUCAUUGUUAUUCCCGCAUGAUAAAAAUUAAAUGUUAGGCAGACUACAAUGCAAGAUGACUCUCGAGUCUCUGACUCUGUUAUCUAUCCAUAUCCAUCUGCUCUGUUCCUUUCCGGUGACAGAGCAUUAUAUUAUCUUUUCGAUUCUCAACUUUUCACGCAUUCCUAAGUCAAAUUAAUCUAAAACCUUUCAUGUAUAACAAUUACAAGGAAGGGAAAUCUUUGUUGUUUUAUCGCCGGACUAAGCCUGGAUAUGGGAACGGUCAUAACUUCAGUCUCUGUAUUCUGCUCUAAAGAUAUAUCUGCAGGAUCAAUAUGGAUGGGGCUGUUCCAAGGAUUAAAGGACCACAUUUCCAAUUUCUUUAUUAUUUUUUAUAAUUCUGUUAUGAAUUUGGACUUAAAACUGUACCUUAUUCUCGUAUUGAGAACUUAACUUUUUCCAACAUAUGAAUGCAGACAAAAAUUUUCCAUGUCCUGUGUUAGAUUCCUGUGAAUAUCGAG